GGAGGGAGGGGGCGCGGGCCGCGGCCGAGCGGCUCGCGUCCUCCUCGGCCCCAUCCUCGGGUACCCCCCCCCCCCGCCGCGCCCCGCCCCCGGCCCGAGGGCAGCGCUGGGACACGGCCCGGAGGUGGCCUGGGGAUGGCGGGGGCGGGGGGGGGUAGGGAUGUCCCGCCCUUGGGGAAGCCCGCGGAGGGGGCAGGCGCGCGGAUGCCCGGAGGGAGGGCGUGCGGGCCCAGAGGAAAAGCCCCGAGGACCGGGAAGAUGGAGGAGGUCGCUGCGGCCGAGGGGGCGGGGGCCCCUCGCCUCCCUCCCGCGGGGUCACCUUGGCCAGGCCCCCCGCGGCCCCGGGCGGCGGGGAGGGCGGCAGGAAUGCCUCUCCGCAGGCCCUGGUUUCUCCGCCCAGCCCAGUUCCAGGAACGCGCGGGCAGCGCCCGGCAGGCAGAGGCCCCGGCUCCGGAUUCGGGGAGGCGCAAGCCGGGGUUCGAGGCCGGGAUCAGACCCUCCCUCCCGUCCCACGCCCGGUUGGUCCCCGCCUUGCCUUCGGCCUCAGUUUCCCACACAGUGGAAUUAGGACUAGGUCCGGCCGGGAGCAGUCCGGGCUUCCGCUCGGCCUCAGUCUUGGUCCCAGCAGUUGGGACAACCUGCGUCCCCAACCUGAGCGCCGCGGGGGUCUUUGGUCUCGCCGGAACCCCGCGGUUAGGAGGUGGAAGGAGUGGAUGUCGGCGAGUGCUUAAGCCCCGCACCCGCCUAAGCUGUCUUUUCCCUCCUAAUGUUGAACCCAGACUCGCGUUCUUGAGUGUGUCUAUGUUUGGGUCAGUCUGGAGCCCCUGCCCGGUUAUCUUCUCGCUGCUGUGCUGUCGGGUGGCAAAUCUUGGUUCAAAAACAGCCCUCCUGCUAUUGGCCAGUCCCGCCGCCAGCCCCGCCGCCUCACAGCUAGCCUUGAGGAGUCCAGGAGAGGAAAAGCCUCCUCUUGUAGAUGAGGCACCUGACUCCCGGUGUAAUUUCGCCUUCAUGUGUGUAUUUGAUGCCGCUGUCCGCCGCCAGAGCCCGAGGACCGGAUGCCAGGCAGUGUGCGGCAGUGGAGACAAGAGCGAACAACCUCAGCUGUCCUUGCCUUCGUGGGUCUCACAGUCUGUUCGGACCUGAAUCCAGUGACCAGGGAAAUCCAACGACCUCCGCGCCAUGCGGGCACUUGACCAUAAGAAACCUUUACACCUCGGGGCGCCUGGGUGGCUCAGUUGGUUAAGCGACUGCCUUCGGCUCAGGUCAUGAUCCU